UGCCGUAACAUUUUGAUACUCGUUGACUGAAAACCAUGGAGCCUUUUUAUUUCUCCCCUGUAUAUGUGUGUUUUGUAACAGAGACUGCAACAGGAUGUGGUUUAGCACAGAGCACCGAGCCUGGCCUGCAGCAGGUUUCCUGUCAGGCAGCGACUGUUCAAUGCCGGAGCCGUUAUCUCCCUGCUGUCAGACCCGGCUAAGCGUAAAGUUUGUCCUGAGUGCCUCACUUCCUUGGUUUCUUACAGCAUUUCCUGAGCACAAAUCGAUAAACCAUUGACACGCUUUGGAAAAGGGGGGGGGGUGACUUUUAAGGAAAGCAGGAGAAGCUGAUGUUUAAACUCCCGGUCUUGCAGGCCUGGAAGAGAAAAGUCCCGCAAAUUUGAGGCGGUGCAGACCUGAAGAACUGGCGGACGAGAAGCGGGACAAUUAAGGAAUCAUAUCGUUUCUCGUCGCCCACAAUGUGGACUCUGCAGAAAUCAUUUUCUGUCAGGACCGACUGAUUAAGCGUGGUGCCAGGAUGUGAGUCUGCACUUGGCCGGCAGUGAUUUGAUGGGAUUGUGUUUUUUUUUUCAAAGGAGCAGAAACUCAUGGUUGUUUUCGGAUAGCUCCCGCGAUAGAACACUUUGACCCAAGGAUUAUUGAAGUCAACUUGUUCACCGAUGAAGAACAAGGCGGCAAAGCAGAAAGGAAAGCGGAAGGGUGCAAAGGACACAGCAUUUGGCUGUGACCUGGGCGAAUACUUACAGAACUCCAAUCAGGAUGUUCCUCAAGUCCUCAAAAGCUGUGCAGAAUUCAUUGAGAAACACGGCAUUGUAGAUGGGGUCUACAGACACUCAGGGAUUACAUCCAACAUUCAAAGGCUAAGGCAGGAGUUUGGCACAGAGCAGCGGCCUGACCUGACUAAGGAAGUGUAUCUACAAGAUAUCCACUGUGUGGGUUCUCUCUGCAAGCUCUACUUCCGAGAGCUGCCCAAUCCUCUCCUCACGUAUGAACUCUACAAAAAAUUCACAGAAGCAGUUGCUGCUCAGUCAGAGGAGGAGCAGCUGUUGAGGAUCCAGAAUGUCAUCAAAGAGCUUCCUCCUCCACAUUACAGAACUUUGGAAUACCUGAGCAAACAUCUAACGCACAUAGCUUCCUUUAGCACCAAGACAAACAUGCACUCCAGGAACCUGGCCCUUGUCUGGGCUCCCAAUCUGCUGAGGUCAAAAGAAAUAGAAGGAUCUGGAUAUAACAAUGAUGCCGCAUUUCUGGAAGUGCGAGUUCAGUCCAUUGUUAUUGAAUUCAUCCUGAAUCAUGUCAAUCAGCUAUUCAACAGCAACACCGCCCAGCCCAAACAGGACUCUGAAGCACACAAUCCUGUUGCUAAAUGCAAGUCCCUUCCUAUUGUAUCACCGUCCAUGAAGCUCCUAUCCCUGGAGGAGGCUCAGGCCAGGACCUUGAAACCAGACCAUCCUGCUCGCCUUGAGAAAACACAUUGUGUUCCAAUGGACACUGGACCUGCUGCUGGGACCAUUUAUCACACUGUCAUCGACCUGCCAGAUCCUAGAAGAAAGCUUUCUGCAAAGCCGAAGAAGUGGAAAUCCAUAUUUAACCUGGGGCGGCUGGGAAGCGACUCAAAGGGUAAACUAAGCAGGAAUGGCAGUGUGUUUGUGAGAGCGCCUCCGUUUGCAGAAAAGGGGAACAUCCGCCCUGCAAAGAGUAUGGAGUCCCUUUGCUCCUUGCCAAUAGAAGAUGGUGAGAAAGGAGUUCGAUUCAAACAUGGUGGAACUCUGGGAGGAGGUCUCUCGGCAUCUAUGAAAUCACGCACUCUUGGAUCGGGAAGUUCCUACAAUCUGGGUCGGAGGCAUAGCGAUUGGGAUCAAGAAGACCUGGUGGGUGCAAUUGGAGGAUGUAUGGGUAACAUUAGCCCAGGAACACGUGAAAAAGAGCCAACCAUUUUCAAGGCACAAACAGAGCAGCCGAAAGCUUUUCGUGGAGAUGCCAUCAACAAAUUGGAACCAUCACCGAAGACUAGACGGUUGUUCUACUCAACAAAUCCAAAUGAUUCUUCAGCAAAGUCUAAUUUCCCGGGUAACUUGUUUCCCCUUGAAGCAUCACCACGGCAUCAUAGGAAACCAAUGGCAGUGAAUAUUUCUGAGCCCUUUUCUGUUUCUGUACCACUGCACAUCUCAGGAAUUAUCAGCUCCAGUGCCACGUCCUGUAAGGAAGCACAAAAUCAUGCACAAGUUCUUAAUGACACAGAGUCACAGGAGACAAUGGACAGGCCAGCAGAAGCUGAGAGCAGCAGAACAUCGAAGGCCAGUGAAGAGAAGGGAGAUCGGCUCAGUACACAGACUGAUUCAGACCAGCAUGGGUUAAAUGAUGAAAAGGACAGUGAAAACGUGGGAUUGAAGCCUGAAUCCCUUGUUGUUUCUGCAAAUUCAACUUCCCAGAAUCAACCAGAGCUUUCCCUAAAUCCCACACACCAGGAUUCUGAUUCACUGCAGCCUGUCUUGUCCUCAGAGUCAAUUACCACCUCAUCUGUUUCUCUAAAUCCUUUAGAAAACACGAAGUUGGAAGAAGCACCUUCUCCAAUUGUUUCCUCAACAGAGAAACCAUGUGAAACUAAAACUGAAAAACCUUGUAGUGGGAGCAGUGAGGAGCAGCCAGCAACUAAACAGGACACAAAUAACUCUACCAAGGUUGUCGUGGAGCAUCUGUGGCCCCUUACCAAAGAACUUAAAAUCAUUGAACCUGAGGAGAUCACCGAGCCUGAUACCUUUCUGGAAAAUAUGGAAGAAAAGUUUGUCCAAUCUCAUGAUGACAGUCAUAUUACAUAUACACCCUUGCCUGAUGCCUCAACGGCAGUAAAUAUGUCUGGACAGCAAAGAAUGCACAGUCUCCCUAAUCUCUUUUCACAAAGUUCACCUCUAAUGCUUGAAACUGAUCCUGAAGAAAUCUCUCUACAGUCGACAGGUAGCCACUGUUCCAGUGAAAGGGACAGCACCAAGACACCCGAUCAAAGCCAGGCUCAGCAAAUCCAGGGUACUGGGUCCUUGCUGAGCCCUUCUUCCAAGAUUGAGCUUACAGAAUCAAUAACUGAUCAAAAUAUUUUGAAGGCAGUAACAGAGAGCUCACCAACAGAGUGCUUUGGAGCAUCUGUAGAUUCAAGUCAAUUAACUGAUAUUAACUCAGAUCCAAAGGAUCAACAUUCAAUUGCUUCUCAAGAAUUACAGGCUUCAGGAUCUCGCAUUAACAAACUUGGAUCAAACUCAGAAUUAGAUAUUAAAUUUUCAGAACUAUGCUCAGAUGGCUUGCACAUGGGAGCAGAACAUUCAAUGCAAAAUCUUUCCUGCAAUGAAAGAGUUCAUGAGGAGCAACUGGCAGAUAUUCAGUCGCAUCUGAGAUCUGAAGCCUUGCCAGCUGAUACCGAUGAGCCUGGCGCCCCUGGCCAACAGUGGGUGGAUAGUGACACAUCAAAUCAACCCAACUCCUCUUCAUUCCAGCUGGUUGAAGCCAAAAGCGAUGAGGAAGACUGCUUGGCAAGGUUGUCACCAGAUGUAAGGCCAGAUGAAUGGCAAUAUGCUGAUCAGGAUUUAUGGCCCCUUGAUGCUCUUGCAGAUAAAGUAGCUCCUGAAGAACAUUAUGAUAUGCCAUGUCAAUCUGCUAACAAGAAGAUUGAGUGGAACAAUCAAAGCCAAGAGACUCCUUCACCAAUUUGUAAUGGUGAACCUUUAAACAAUGGCUGUCCUGUGACCAAACCUGUAGAUGCCCUGAAUGAAAUAGAGGCAACCUCCACACAAACACAGCAAACUGUUUUGCCAGCUGAAGAUGAUCCAAUUGCAUCUUCUCAAUUGGAUAGUCUACAUGUUGGAAGCAUUGGGGCAACACCAUGCUUAGAGAGCACCAAUGCGAUAUCAACAGUGGCAACGCCUGAUAGCACUGAAGAAGGACGUUUCAGGUCUGAAGAUAGGCCACCAAUAUUUGCUUCACACCCAGUCAAUAACAAACCUUCUGUACCUGAUGGAUCCCCAGUGCAGUCAUUCCCAGUUGGCGUCACUGCUAUUCGAACAACCUACAUGAUAAAAACGUGUCAAGUCAAAGCAAUUCCCGUCAUUCCACCGAAGGUACAGUUUACCCAGGUCCCCCAGCCUUUGCCAAAGAAGAACCUCACAAUCCCUUCCCUCCCUCUGGACAAAGUACUAACCAUUCUGCAGCCAGUGGCAUUGUGUGAAUCAAAUUGCCCUGAAAGCAAACAAAGACUGGAUUCACCUUUAACCAAUUCAUCAGUGGCGGAAGCUAAAGACGGGAAAGAACAUGGUCUGCCGAAAUCUCAAACACCUGAACAUGCAAAGUGUGCCGUCUCUGCAGAUAGCUCGCUCUCCCAGCCCAACACCAGUCAAGCAGCACCGACAGUGAAGACAACCCCCAAGAUGAAAGGGGAAGAUUUACCAGACGGCUCUGUGCCUUUGAGAAUGGAAAGAUCCGCAGCGCAGCAGAAGCCUGCGUUUAUGCGACACGUACAGCACAGGGCGAAGGCAAGUAGACCCCAGAGCCUCAUUCUGUUCAGCCCUCCCUGGCCGAACAUGGAACGCCCUUCUCCUGUGGAGGCCAGCAAGGCACCCCUCAGCCCAGUCAAAUCCAGUCCAGAGUCACACACACCAGAGCUGGAUCACCCAAUUUCCAGCAGCUACUCGGCUGAACUUACCGAGAGUCAGAAAGGGCCAGAGGGCGUCACUCUUCGAAAUCGCAUGAGCAUGCCUAAAAGUGGGCAGAGGCUGGAGACCUCAACCAGUUGCUUCUACCAGCCUCAGAGGAGAUCCAUGGUAUUUGAAAAUAGAAGUGGCAGACAAAUCGAAUGACUGCUUUUAAUGAUCUCACAGACUAUGGAGACUUGACAAAAGAUUCUAUUUUUUAAUGACUCAUUCCAUCACCAACACCAUAUGUAUUCUUCUUCCUAAGCUCGAACACCUCACAGUUUUAAAGUAUAUGUCCGAGUAAGAAAGGGGUAGAGAAUGUAAAGAAUCCAGACUUGUACAUGGUAAGAAAUAAGGUUAUUUGGUUUACAAGGUAAGAUAACUUUAAACGUUUAAAAUGCUAGGCCUUUAAUAAACAAAAAGGUGCUCGAUUCUAACUUUGGUUUCCACAACAUAUCCAUGAUCAAAUCAGAAUGGGUGAAGGAUAAUGUAAAAUAGACCAAAUAAUAGGAAGUAGUUCAUUAAAAAGAAUAUUUUAUGAGCUUUCUCAGAAUGAAACGUGUGCCUUGAAAGUGUGGAAGCUGGUAACUGCAAAAAAUCAGUCCUGCUGAUGAGUCAUCUCUCACUGUAGCCUAAUUUCUACAAGGGGUACAUUACUGUAAUUAUUCGUACAUUUUCUAGCAAUGCCUGUAAGAGAAAGAUUUUACUUUAUGUAUAAAUAAAUGCAGAGAAUUCAUUGUUGAUGUUUAAUGCACUUAAAGAUUGACUUUCAUUAUCAUUACACACCAUGCUGUUUUCCUAUUGGUUUCUAUACCCAUUACUCUUAUUACUGCAAUGGACAGUCAAAUUGUUUCCCCUUCCAAAUUUGUAUUAAUUUCUUUGUACCUCAUGGAAAAGUUUUUAAAAAAUGGCAAAUAAUGAAGUAAAGAGUGACUUUUGACCAAAGCAGAUAAUCUACUUAGACAUACUACUGGAUUAUUUAUCUCAAUGCAGCCAUCUCAAAGAAUAGACAUCAGUGUUUUUGUAAAUGCUUUAUCAUCUCAGUUUCCAAUGUUAAUGUACUUCUCAUAUGUAUUGAAAUUAUUUCUAUAUUGUCAAAUAUUAAAUAUAAGUAUUUUUUGUCAAGUAUGAGAAUUAAAUCGUUUGAACACAAGUAUACAGUGUUGAGUGUUUAGUGAUCCCUAGAAGCAGAAAAUGGUAGGAGUGCUCCAUGGUUCAGGCAGAAGGGAACAUAGAACAUAGAAAUCUAUGGCACAUUACAGGCCCUUUGGCCCACAGUGUUAUGCUGACCAUGUAAACUACUCUAGAAACUGCCUAGAAUUUCCCUACCGCAUAGCCUUCCAUUUUUCUAUGUUCAGAGUUAAAUGUCUUUAGAACAGUGGCUUCUUAAAAAUUCUAAAUCCAGAAGUAUGGGUCAUCAGGGACUCAAUAAGACAUUGCCCAUCCUCUCGAGAUAGUAGAUGGGUGCAGACGGAGAGGUUGUUUCUCCUUAGCUUACCCAUUCAGUAAUGUCCCUUAGAACUUCCUGCAGCAUCUAGCUGUUACUAUUGGAAAACAUCUUAACUCUGUUUUCUAAGUGUUUAUUUUAAGCAUUUUUAUCGCGUAUUAGCUGUUUAUUCAGAAGUUGACCAUGCCUUUACUAUGCAUUAAGUGUCUGUUACUGAGUGUGUGGGAUUACUGUGGUAUUUGGGAUGUAACCAUUGAAUGAAACCUGUGUACUUUUAACCCCUCGAGAAAAACGAAUGUAGCCAAGUAAGAGAGAUAAGAGUGAUUGAUUUAUUAGUUAGAGAAAAAAACUUACAGAGGUAUGCUAACCCAGAAGGGCUAUAAAGAAUGCUGUGUG